UACUACUAAACUCCAUUCAUUCAUCAUGUUGUCGCUUUCUCGAUAGUGAGAUUCAUUCAUCUUUACGCAAGUUCCCUCCUUUUCUCUUUGUCUGAUGUCCAUUCUGGAAAUUCGAGUUUGUUGUCGGUUCAUUGUAAUUGUCAGAGAGUAUGAAGUGUUUCCACUUCAGUAACGGUGUCAAGAGGGACGAUGGCAGCGAAGACGUUGUUGCAUCGAGGAAUUCGAAGUUGUCAUGGGCACGAUCCAUCAGCGUCGCCUCUAGUAAUCUUGAUACAAGACGUUCUGAAUUCGACUCGGAGCUUAAGGACUUCUCCAACUCGGUCAGUUUCUACGAGUUCUUGAGUCAACGUCGAUCCAACUAUCUUCGAGUUUUCUCUUUUACCGAAUUGAAAUCGGCCACUCGAGGUUUCAGCCGUUCCCUCAUGAUUGGAGAAGGAGGGUUUGGUUGCGUUUAUCAAGGGGUUAUUAGGGUUUCUGAAGAUGAUUGUAAUGUCAUUACCGAUUCAAACAUUGAUGUUGCUAUUAAACAGCUGAAUCGCAAUGGCUUCCAGGGGCAUAAGGAAUGGGUUAAUGAAGUGAACUGUCUAGGGGUAGUAAGCCACCCAAAUUUGGUCAAGUUAGUUGGUUUUUGUGCAGAUGAUGAUGAAAGAGGGAUGCAAAGGCUUUUGGUUUAUGAACUGAUGAGCAAUAAAAGCUUGGAGAACCAUUUAUUGAGUAGAGUUACAUCAUCUCCUCUACCAUGGACAACGAGAUUGAAAAUUGCUCAAGAUGCAGCCCGUGGCUUGGCUUAUCUCCACGAAGAAAUGGAUUUUCAGCUUAUAUUUAGAGAUUUCAAGACUUCAAACAUUCUUUUGGAUGGUGAGUUCAAUGCUAAACUCUCAGAUUUUGGACUUGCUAAGCAAGGCCCAACUGCUGGACUAAGUCACGUUUCGACAUCGGUGGUAGGUACAGUAGGUUAUGCAGCGCCGGAAUAUGUUCAAACUGGAAGAUUAACAACUAAAAGCGACGUGUGGAGCUUUGGCGUGGUUCUAUUCGAGCUAAUCACAGGAAGAAGAGCUGUGGAAAGAAAUCUUCCUAGAAGUGAGCAGAAGCUCUUGGAAUGGGUGAGACCAUUUUCAUCAGAUUCAAAAAAAUUCUACCAAAUAAUAGACCCGAGACUGGAAGGUAACUAUUGCAUAAAAUCAGCUCUUAAGGUUGCGAGCUUGGCCAAUAAGUGUUUGACGAAACAUCCAAAAUCCCGCCCUAAAAUGAGUGAGGUGGUUGAGAUGUUGGGCGACAUUAUUAAUGAAAUUGCCAAGGAAGUAGAAUUAGAAGAAGAUAAGGUGGAAUGCAGUAGCAGCAAAAGGAACAAAAGGAAGAAGGUUUUCCUUUUGAGAGAGAUGAUGAGUUUGAGGAAUAAACCCACAGGAAUGUUGGACUGGAGAAGCUGGACUCCCAGGCCUGUGAGAACUUUGUCAUGAGUCAUGACUGGAAUUUGUGGUGUAAAUAUCCGAUGGUUCCAUAGAAUGAUCGAGACAAAUUGAGCUUUUGCAAGAAUUAAAACUAAUUAAUUCUUAUUUCAAACUAGAUUUGUUACUGGGAUUACACUUGACACAAAUUUGUUGUAAUUUUUGUAGUGUUUUUGAUGUGUUGUUUGCCUUAUUGAAUUAUUUUGUCAACAAUUUUUUAUUCCUAACACUUUCAAUUUGGAAUCAAUCCUUGUUUCU